UCUUUUGACUGUCUCCCUUUAAAAUAAUGAUAAUGCAAUUUCCUUUCUUGUGGUCUAUAUAUCUUCUACGAGUACAAGUGUUUUUGUUGGGCCUCCUUGAAUAAGAAACAUAUAUCAGCAGCUCCAAUAUCCAAAACCAUAUUCAUUAUAGUGGGCUCCUUUGCUUCUUCUCUACAAUAUUCUCUACCUAUAUUUGUCUAAUCACCUACUUUACACAAUAAUAAACAUACACAUAUUCUAAUGGAACAACCAAAUAUCAACAAUGGUAGUGGUUGUUUUGACUAUGAAAAGAUUAUUACUUGGUUUGAAGAUGUAUCUAAGAACACAUCCUCUGUUCAAACACAGGUAUUAAGCAAUAUUCUCAAACAAAAUCAUGGUGUGGAAUAUCUCAAAAAAUGGUUAGGGGCUUACAAUGUUUUGGAAAUGGAACCAUGUGCAUUGGAAUCCCUUUUCACUUCUUUGGUUCCUAUUGCUUCUCAUGCUGAUUUUGAACCAUUUAUUCAAAGGAUUUCUGAUGGGGAUUCUACUCCUUUACUCACUCAACAACCUAUAACCACUCUUUCCUUAAGUUCUGGAACCACUGAAGGAAGGCAGAAAUUCGUACCCUUUACCAGACAUAGUGCUCAAACCACGCUUCAAAUAUUCACUUUAUCAGCUGCCUAUAGAUCAAGGGUUUACCCCAUAAGGGAAGGAGGAAGGGUUCUUGAAUUCAUAUAUGGAAGCAAUUGUUUCAAAACAAAAGGAAAUUUAACAGUAGGAACAGCCACAACACAUUGUUAUGCAAGUGAAGAAUUCAAAACCAAACAUCACAAAACUAAAUCAUUUAGUUGUAGCCCUCAAGAAGUGAUUUUCAAUGGAGACUAUAAACAAUCAACUUAUUGCCAUCUCCUUCUAGGCCUCUUCUAUUCUCAACAAGUAGAAUCUAUCACCUCAGCUUUUGUCUACACCAUGGUACAAGCAUUCACUACAUUUGAAGAAAAUUGGAGAGAAAUUAUUAAUGACAUUAAAAAUGGUACUCUAAGUUCAAGAAUUAAGUCACCAAAAUUAAGAGAAGCUAUUUUGGACAUAAUUAAUUCAAAAAGUGGUCCAAACAUAAAGUUGGCUUCAAAAUUAGAAGAUUAUUGUGAGGAGUUAGAAAAAGUUGAUUGGUUUGGUUUGAUACCAAAGAUAUGGCCAAAUGUGAAGUACUUGUAUUCAAUAAUGACAGGUUCAAUGCAACCAUAUUUGAAAAAACUUAGACAUUAUGCAAAUGGGUUGCCUUUAAUAAGUGCUGAUUAUGGAUCAACUGAAAGCUGGAUUGGAGUUAAUGUUGAUCCUUGUUUGGAUCCAGAAGAAGUAACUUUUGCUGUUGUGCCAACUUUCUCUUAUUUUGAGUUCAUACCUCUUCAUAGAAAUAAACAAGAUUGCAGUGAUUUUGUUGAAGAUAAGCCAAUUCCAUUGUCAAAGGUUAUUGUUGGACAACAAUAUGAAAUUGUUCUCACAACUUUUACAGGGUUGUACAGAUGCAGGCUAGGAGAUGUGGUAGAAGUGGCAGGAUUUCACAAUGGGACCCCAAAAUUGAACUUCAUAUGCAGAAGAAAAUUAAUCCUAACAGUAAACAUAGACAAAAAUACAGAGAAGGACCUACAAUUAGUGGUAGAGAGAGGGUCACACAUUCUAAAUAAAGCCAAAGCUGAAAUUGUUGAUUUCACUAGUUAUGCUGAUGUAACAAACCAACCUGGUCACUAUGUUAUUUACUGGGAAAUUAAAGGUGAAGUUGAGGACAAUGUACUUGAUGCUUGUUGUAGAGAAAUGGACCUAUCUUUUGCUGAUCAUGGAUAUGUUGUUUCAAGAAAAACCAAUUCAAUUGGGCCACUUGAACUUUGCAUUUUGGAAAGUGGAGCUUUUAAGAAGAUUUUGGAUAAUUUCAUUGCCAAUGGAGUUGCUUUGAACCAAUUUAAGACUCCUAGGUGCACUAACAAUCAUGUCUUGCUCAAAAUUCUUGACAAUUGUACCACUAAAAGGUUUCUAAGCACAGCUUAUAGUUUAGAUUAACAUUAGUAUUGGAGGUUGUAUUAGCCAAGUUUACGGUGUAUAAGUAAGACAAGUUUUUUAUCAUUUACAUGUUUGUUUUUUUAACUAUUGGAUUAAAUAAGAUAUGAUCUGACGUAUUGAUCUAAUAGUGAAAACAAAUUUGUACAUGAUAAAAGAUUUAUUUUAUUUGUGCAUAUUAAAAAAAUUUACUUUGAUUGAAUUAUGAGGAAAUACUAUUGCUAAACUAGAAUAGAAUUCUUCUUGUCAUGUCACAUCCUUGUGAUGUUUGUGGUCAAUGUACUAGUAGUCUUAUAAAGUUAUAGCCAUUAAGAACUUUGUAAAAGUUUUAUUUUGUUUUUCAUUUUCAAUUUUCUAAUAAUAUGAGGUGCAUGUCGUUGAAUA